UUGAUCUUGCACAAGGAGUCCAAUAUUGAAGUCAGGUGAUCACAAUGAACGAAAGCAGUGAUGGAAUCGUGGAUAGAAAAGACCUAUCCGAUCUGUUGGACCACUUCUCAAGAACUACUCAUAAAGUUAGGGGCGGUGACAUGAAGGGAGAUACGAUAACUGAAACCUGUCGUAUGCUGAUCGCAAAGGACUAUAAAUAUUCAAUUCUGACCAAUUUCAACGGUGAACUAUGUGCACAUUACCCGAGCAAGAUUAUCCUUAUGGAGUAUGAAGUUCACGAUGGACACCACAAUUACGAACAUGUUGAGAGUAUCUACGACAUGACCAAACUGCGUGAUCUCUGUAAACAGGCCCGCUUCGCUCGCUGCCGAUCACGGUUCGUGGUGCCUGUCAUCUUGUAUGCAGGGAAGAAUAUUUGUCGCUCAGCAACUCUGGCUAGUGGAGCGGAAAUGUACAGCCGAUCUGGUUUUGAUUAAUAUUUUUUUAGGGGAGAAAGCAUCCCUAACGGCAGCACGUCGACUGAUACAGAUUCAGGCGACUGGCAGUUGUUUGACCGGUACCGAGGUCAAGACAAGAACCUGUUGAAGAGUUUGCGAGUCAGCUAUAUCUGCGAUCUCAUGGUGGAGAAGAAAAAGGUCAAAUUUGGGAUGAAUAUCACUUCUUCAGAGAAAGUUGACAAGGAAAAUCGAUAUGUUGAUUUCACCAUCUUGUGUGUGCCAUAUCCUGGUUGUGAAUUCUUCAAGGAGUGGAAGCACAAAUCUCACAGUGGAGAAGCCAUGUGCUAUGACUGGAACCAGGAUUUCAAUGAUGCUUUACUGGACAUUCCAAUGACUCCUCUUCUGUCUCAAGUACAUAUUGACUGGAACAGAUACAAGGAAUGGGAUUUGAUUUGUCUGACCCAGAACUACUUGAAGCUGUUGAUACACAUCGUCAGAGAUGGCGACUCGGGUUUGCUGGUUCACUGUAUCUCGGGAUGGGAUCGCACUCCUCUCUUCAUUUCACUGCUCCGACUCUCUCUGUGGGCCGACGGAGUUGUCCACCGAACUCUCUCGCCAUCAGAGAUCCUCUACCUCACACUCGCAUAUGACUGGUAUCUCUUUGGACACAACUUAGCUGACCGAGUGAGUAAGGGAGAAGAGAUCAUGUUCUUCUGCUUUAGUUUUCUAAAGCACAUCAUGACGGAAGACUUCUCGAUUCGGAAGAGGAAAAGGAAGGUUUCCGCUCCUAAUCGACGUGUUUAUGAGAAACUGUGUGAGCACCGCCGAGUGGGCCGUGUCGACUCUGAGCCGAGUCUCCCCAUUGGUGGACUGUUCGUAGACAACAUCGCUCAGUCAAACUACAGCGGCAGUAACACCAGCAUCAACAGCUGCAGCAGCUCAGAGAUGGGACCCACAUUCUUUAUGCCCAGUAACCAUGAUGAUGAGAUGGUUGUACAUGAAAACCCGUGUUACGUUCCUAGCAAGUCAUUAGCAAGAAGUUCUCCAAGUUCACGGUCCUGUGAUGGUGUGAUGCCAGCUCACUGCAGUCACGUAGCUUCAUCAUCGAGUCCGAUGGCCGUUCCGAGGAUCGGUCGAUACCAUGAGCCGACUCACUCCAACUCUCCCAGUCUCGGCAGCUGGCAAAUCAUUUCCAGUAGUGGCAGUCUGCGAGCUUUAGCCUGCUCUAACGAUUCUCCACACACCAGCUCAGGCAAAUCCAGUAGCUCCAGUCACGUCAGUUUUAGUUCGUGUAACGAAGCGACCGAGUCGAGCGACCACUCCACUCUGAGGAUGCACCGUCUGGAAUCCGUCGCAUUCCUUUUCCACGCUGCGCAUGCUGACUCGUCCAUAAGUCAUGGUGGCAGUGCAGAGGCUAGUGGUUUGUCGUCUCUCCUCGACCAGUUUGCCGAGAAAGUCGGGAUCAAGAAGUCGAGCAGUACGGUUGUUUAGUACAACUGAGAUCUGUGACCAAGAAGACUGACGUGUCACAACACUCACCAAUGUCUCAACACUCACCAAUGUCGCAACACUUGCCAAUGUCUCACCAACGUCACAACACUCGCUGUUGCAACACUUUCCGUCGCAACACUCACCAAUGUCGCAACACUCCCCAUCGCAAGACUCGCCAACGUCGCAACAGUCACUAACGUUGCAACACUCGCCAUCGCAACACUCACCAAUGUCUCAACACUCGCCAACGUCACAACACUCGCCAACGUUGUAACACUCACCAACAUCGCAACAUCACAACAUUCGCCAACGUCACAACACUCGCCAUGCAUGUAAUCAACUUGUAUGUUUUAUGGCCAGGGUGGAGGAGAGAUGUAAACCAAUUUGUCAUCUGGGAUAAAAUGCAAGUUUGGAUUCUUUGGAAUAUUGUCAUGUCCAAUUUUUCAAGUAGCACCACCUGUGUAAAAUAAAGCCUGUCUCUGCCCCCUAGGUGACCACAGCCCAAAGAGAACUUGGAGUUUAUAGAUGUUGUUGUUACUCUAUAAAAUAAAGCCUGUCUCUACCCCCUAGGUGACCACAGCCCAAAGAGAACUUGGAUUUUAUAGAUGUUGUUAUUACUCGAUAAAAUAAAGCCUGUCUCUACCCCCUAGGCGACCACAGCCCAAAGAGAACUUGGAGUUUAUAGAUGUUGUUAUUACUCUAUAAAAUAAAGCCUGUCUCUACCCCCUAGGCGACCACAGCCCAAAGAGAGUUUAUAGAUGUUGUUGUUACUCUAUAAAAUAAAGCCUGUCUCUGCCCCCAAUCUGAUUAAAAUUAGCUCUACUGGUCUACCCUGGUAGAUCUAACAGCAUUGUGUGGACUCCCAUGUCCAGGUGACAUUUCAUCUAUAAAUAACAAUUCAAAUAUUGACCAAUUACACUUCGCCGUUUAUAGCGUUAUUCGGGAGCAUACAAAUUCUAAAAAUAUCGGACAAGACUAUUUAUGUAAUUGGCGAAGUUGUUGGUCUGUUUCAACAUUAAAAAAACAGGUGGGAAAGUGCAGUAAUAAACUCUGGAUUGUAUACUAGUAUAAACAGAUUUUAUGGCUAUACCAUCACGGGUUUUUUUCCGUCUUAAAACGAAUUU